CGGCCGCUCCGCGCUCUGGCGGUGCCUCCUGGCCUGGGCCGACCGGGAUUGGCGGUACCGGGUGCGGUGGCGGAGCGCUCGGCAGCGCGGGGGCGGAACGCGGGAGAGGGUCCCCGGCUCCGUGCGAGAAAGCAAGUCGGAAAGUUUGCGGGAUGUUGUUCUGCCUCUGUGAGCGUUUACCCGGCUUCCAAAAUCCCCGGGACCUCCUCUUCGUCAACCAGCGAAUAUAGCAGCGCUCGCUUCGCGUAGCUGUGCCGAAAGAUUCCUUAAAAGUUAUUUGGUUCCUGGGAGGCGACUUUUUCUGUAUAUUUUUUUUUUACCUGAGUUUCGUGCGCUUUGAGAGCUCUCGAGUUCUGUCUUUUGCUCAGCAUAAUCUCCUUUCUCAUCUCAGCAAACGUAUUUCUUCUUCUUCCCAUAUUAUUUCUACUUCCUCUUGAAGUUUGCAGCAAGAGUUGGAGAUAAAACGUUAAUUUUUUUUUUUAAUUUAUCUUUCAUCGGCCUCCUAUGAAAGAAUUUGGGACUUCUUAAAGUGGGCAGAGACAGGGAAAGCUGAAAUGGAAAUUAUCUUGCUGGGAAAGCAGAGAGGGAUUUUUCACAUCUUCACUUUGUACGAUCUCAUCUUUUGACGUUCGCUGGUUUUGUUUUUAGUAGCUGGGACAGAUCAAAACACUCUUUUUAAAAGUAGCCGUUUUCUUCGGUUUUUAGUCUUUUCAUCUGAUUUUGCACGUAAUUUUCAAAUGAAAGUCAGUGGGAGUGUGAGAAAGGAAUGUUAACUGAGCAGCUUUGCUGCCUGUUGCUAAAGGAUGUGCUUGUGCGAAGUUGGAUUUUGCCUGAAAUGAUGGCAUGGAAGCGAAGCUUUUGUUUAGUUUGCAUGGCUAUCGUAAGUGAAGCAAGUAAAUAACAAAGUUUAUUGUUUUUAACAGAGACCGACCGGUUUUCUAGGAAAAGCAGUAUGCUUCACUAUAAAAUCUGUAGGAGCCUCCCCCACCCUCUAAUAAUAGUUGUAGAUUAUGGCUGGUUUACAUGAGUAGACGCUAAGUUUUGAGUAAGUUGCCUAGAAGGGUGUGUUUUGUAGCGGUGGUUCAGGCUUCAGAACGCUGUAAUAAUACUACUAAUGUUAGCACUGGGCUGCCCUCCGCCUUGCCGGGGUCUCCAGCCCUGGCAGCAGCUUCGCAGCCGAGCGAGACAGGGUGGGAGAGCCGGGCUGGGGACGAGUUUGCAUGAUAAGCCUUGAAAGUGCAGAACAAAACCUCGGAAUCCCAAGCGCUGCUUUCUCCUCCUCGUGUGCUGCGAGGGCAGGUUUGCUCGUUCAGCUGCGGUUUGCACAGGGCUCAGGGAGCCGGAGCAUCGCUCGUCCUGAGGACACUUGCAGGAAGGUUCUGCUGGGCAGUGCUUUGAGCAAAUGAAUAGAGUGGCCCCCUGAAAAUUUCUUGCAUCUGAUUUGAGUUCUGGCUUGUUAAAACUUUCUGCUGUGCUUUCAUAUCUAAAGAUCGAUAGGGAGAAAAGUUCCCCAGACUGCAACAGCAUGUACAUAUUUUUUUUUCCAAAGUUCAAAGCUUAUGCAGUUCACUCAUACCAGGAAGACUUUCCACUUAAAAUGUAUUUUUGGUGCAAUGAAUGGAGUGAGUUUACCCUUGUAAAAUCCUGUGCGUGUACACGUUUGAUAAAGUUCGCGUCGGAUUAACCAGAACAGCUCUCAGAUUAAUAGCAGAAAUUACUAGCAGCGUAAAUUAUAUUCAACAAGUAACUAAUUACUGAUAGGAAGUGGGCAGGAGAUUGUGGGAUUAUAUCCUUUUGUUAGUAACUCCAGCCACUUUCAUGACACUGAAGAUUAUUUUUUGAGUUGGUUACAAUUGCAUUCCCAACUUUCAAAGAAUAUUCUUGAGUGUAAUUUUCCAAAGGAAAAGUUAUAUCGGGGAAAAUAAACCAGCCGGACUUUGAGGAAGAAUAAAUAUUUGCUGCCCUUCCAUGGAAGGGCUUGUCAGACUCGGUGCCUUUUCAUACCAGUAAUGGAUUUGGGGAAAUUCCCGCUGCAGCAUUAUGAUCAUCCACGUAGUUGUUACUGGGCCCAUGAAAUGCAAGAAAUUAUGAUCGCUUUCUUUAGUAAGAUCUGAGAGGGACGGAGCGCUUAAGAGAAAUAAUUGCUUAGUUAGGCUGCUUUUAGCUUGUUACGUAAUUAGGCCUUUUUGUGCGCUAACUGCGCUCUGUCAGUUCGGGAUCCAGACACUUGUGUUUUUCCAAAGGUGAGCCCGAAGUGGAGGGGGCCUUGUGAAAUAUCACUUAUGCAGAUGCAAUUCAGGACUAAUUACUGAAACCCAUAUGGUAGAAGUUGUCUAAACCCGCUGUUAGUUCAGGCCCAUUUUGUGUGUGUUUCCCCCGCAUCUUUGUCUCGCUGCAAAAUAUUUAUGUUUUAGUUUGUACUUUAUUUAUCCUUUUGAUGCUAAGUAGCAUCUGGCUCCCUGAGGACGAGCCCUCCUGUAUAUUUAGCUGUGCCAGUGCUUAUUGCAUAACUGGCUUUUAACCAUAUUCGUGCUUUAAUUGUGGAAACAUGAAUCUUUAUUGAAGUGACCCGAGGUGCCUCUCAGAAAACACAAUUACGUUUCUUGAAACUCUAAAAAAAAAAUUUAAAAUAAUUAAAAAAAAAAAAAAAGCGAAAGGGGCAGCUCCUGCCAAACGCCCAUCAAAACAGCUUUGCUGGGUGUAUUUUCUAUAGGGGAAGGUGCAUCGCACCUAUGUGUUCUGCAGCCUUGGAAAAAUGAAAGUUGCAAAGCGCGAGUGCAAUCGUGGCUGCGUGUCUGUGUGGCUGGUGCUGGGGAAGAAAAAGCCCUUAAGUGUUGAGCUGUUUUAACCUUUGCUAGCCUCCUUCCAUCCAAAGGUGACAGGGUUCAGAUCACAAUAUGUACUUCAAUAUCUUGCCAGUGACCCCCGAAUUGAGUCUUACUGGUUGCUUAGCAGGAAGUUAGUAGUUUAUUUUAGCUUCACCUUAUCAGCUUUGCUUCUUUUGCUAACCCUAUUCCCCUGUCACCCCUCAGAUGCCAGACCCCCGAAGCGGAGAUUGACAGGUAGUUCCCAUAGCUCCGUUUUACCCUCCAAACAACAGGGAUUUAGUUUCUUGUCCCUUUGCCAAUGUUUAUGUAGCCAAAGUUUAGAUAUAGCCUUAAGGAGCCUUUUCUUUUACGUGUCACUGGAACAGUGGAACUGCACUGAACUUUUGGAAGAAACUGUUGCAACUGGAACCCCAUCUAGUGUUCGUUUUGAUUCAUCCAUAAGGAAGACUUCAUUUUAAUUGUGUUCAUUAGGGUGAAUUUGUCCAUAGUUUCAGGAGUGCUUGGGAUUAUUAGGGGUUUUUUUACAUGAGAGAAAAUUUAGCUUUAACGUAUAGGAGAAUUGCAUUACCAGUAAUGAUAUGGAAGAGUUUAGAAACAGAGUUAAACACGAGCACAAACACCCACCUUAUCUUGAGACACAGAAAAGGGUCAAGCAAAUCGAACCACUAAGAACAAGGACGCCCAUGUCUGUGGCAGGUGCUGUGCUGAGUUCUUUGAAUUAUCAGAUCUCCUGCAACACAAGAAGAAUUGUACUAAAAAUCAAUUAGUUUUAAUUGUGAAUGAAAAUCCAGCUUCUCCUUCUGAAACCUUCCCUCCUAGUUCCCCUUCUGAUAAUCCUGAUGAACAGAUGAAUGACACAGUUAAUAACACAGAUCAAGUAGACUGCAGUGACCUUUCAGAGCAUAACAAACUUGACAGGGAAGAAUCCAUGGAUGUGGAAGCUUCCAGCAUUCACAAUAGCAGUAGCAGUUCCAAGAGCGUCAACAAUAGUAUUGCAAGCAGUAACAGCUCCACAAUGGGUACCUCAGCUGUAACAACCUCUCUACCUCACAUAGGGGAUCUGACGACAUUAGGCAACUUUUCCGUGAUCAACAGCAACGUAAUAAUCGAAAACCUUCAGAGCACGAAAGUGGCGGUGGCGCAGUUCUCGCAGGAGGCACGAUGUAACGGCGCGUCGAGCAGCAAACUGGCUGUGCCGGCCCUGAUGGAGCAGCUCUUGGCGCUACAGCAGCAGCAGAUCCACCAGUUGCAACUGAUUGAACAGAUUCGGCACCAAAUAUUAUUGUUGGCUUCCCAAAACGCAGACAUGCCAACGUCUUCGAGCCCUUCUCAAGGUACUUUGCGAACAUCUGCCAACCCCUUGUCCACGUUAAGUUCCCAUUUAUCCCAGCAGCUGGCUGCAGCAGCUGGAUUAGCACAAAGCCUUGCUAGUCAAUCUGCCAGCAUCAGUGGUGUGAAACAGCUCCCCCCUAUACAGCUACCUCAGAGCAACCCUGGCAACACUCUAAUUCCAUCCAGUAGUGGCUCUUCUCCAAAUAUUAACAUAUUGGCAGCAGCAGUUACAACGCCGUCCUCAGAAAAAGUGGCUUCAAGUAUUGGUGGCUCACAGCUCAGCAACCCACCAGUAUCAGCAUCAUCUUCACCAGCUUUUGCAAUAAGCAGUUUAUUAAGUCCUGCAUCUAAUCCACUUCUACCUCAGCCCACCCCUGGUAACUCUGUGUUCUCCAGUCCCUUGUCCACUCUUGGAACACCUGCAGAGGAUUUAAACUCCUUGACUGCCUUGGCACAGCAACGAAAAAGCAAGCCACCAAAUGUAACUGCUUUUGAAGCGAAAAGUAAUUCGGACGAGGCGUUCUUUAAGCAUAAAUGCAGGUUCUGUGCUAAAGUGUUUGGGAGUGACAGUGCCUUGCAGAUUCACUUACGUUCUCACACUGGCGAGAGGCCAUUUAAAUGCAACAUAUGUGGAAACAGGUUCUCCACCAAGGGAAACUUAAAAGUCCACUUUCAGCGUCACAAAGAAAAAUACCCUCACAUUCAAAUGAACCCAUACCCGGUGCCAGAGCAUUUGGACAAUAUUCCGACAAGCACGGGGAUUCCUUAUGGGAUGUCUAUACCGCCAGAGAAACCUGUCACGAGCUGGCUGGACAGCAAGCCGGUGCUCUCCACCCUGACGACUUCUGUUGGCCUGCCACUCCCACCAACAAUUCCAAGCUUGACCCCAUUCAUCAAAACUGAGGAGCCCCAGCCGAUUCCUAUUAGCCAUCCUUCUGCGAGCCCUCCCUGCUCUGUCAAGAGCGACUCGGGAGCAGCUGAUCCCACAUCAAAAAUUUCCAACGGACUUGCCGAUGAGGUAGAGGCUGGUGCUUUGCCUACCUCAAACGGCAAAAUGGAAGAAAACCCUCAAAACGCAAGCGCCGUCACGAACGUGAGCGGCUCCGUGAGCUCACCGGCAGCGGACUCAGGCUCCAGCGCUGUUGCCACUUUUACAAAUCCACUGAUGCCUCUAAUGUCAGAGCAAUUUAAGGCAAAGUUUCCAUUUGGAGGACUAUUGGAUUCAACGCCAGCAUCUGAAACGUCGAAAUUGCAGCAACUGGUAGAAAACAUUGACAAAAAGGCAACCGAUCCGAACGAGUGUAUCAUUUGCCACCGAGUUCUCAGUUGCCAGAGCGCACUGAAAAUGCAUUAUCGCACGCAUACCGGUGAGAGGCCAUUUAAAUGUAAAAUCUGUGGUCGCGCUUUCACUACUAAAGGCAACUUAAAGACUCAUUACAGUGUCCACCGUGCCAUGCCCCCACUGAGGGUACAACAUUCGUGCCCGAUCUGCCAGAAAAAAUUCACCAACGCUGUUGUGCUGCAGCAGCAUAUCCGAAUGCACAUGGGAGGGCAGAUCCCCAACACCCCGGUCACAGAGAACUAUCCUGAGUCAAUGGAAUCAGAUACGGGAUCUUUUGACGAUAAGAAUUUUGAUGAUAUAGACAACUUCUCAGAUGAGAACAUGGAAGACUGUCCUGACAGCAGCGUGCCGGAUACACCCAAAUCUGCGGAUGCGUCGCAAGACAGCCUGUCUUCUUCCCCUCUGCCCCUGGAAAUGUCGAGUAUUGCUGCUUUGGAAAAUCAGAUGAAGAUGAUCAACGCAGGACUUGCUGAACAACUUCAGGCAAGCUUAAAGUCGGUCGAAAAUGGGUCAGUGGAAGGGGACGUUUUGACUAACGACUCGUCAUCUGUCGGUGGUGAUAUGGAAAGCCAAAGUGCUGGAAGCCCUGCUGUCUCAGAGUCUACCUCUUCCAUGCAGGCCUUGUCCCCAUCCAACAGCGCUAACGAUUACCACAAGUCACCAGGUAUCGAAGAUAAACCCGUCAGAGCUUUACCAAGUGAGUUUGCCAACGGUUUGUCUCCAACCCCUGCUAACAGUGGUGCUUUGGACUUGACAUCUAGUAACACUGAUAAAAUGAUUAAAGAAGAGUCUCUGAGUAUGCUCUUUCCUUUCAGAGACAGAGGUAAAUUUAAAAACACCGCAUGUGACAUUUGUGGCAAAACAUUUGCUUGUCAGAGUGCCUUGGACAUUCAUUACAGAAGUCAUACCAAAGAGAGACCAUUUAUUUGCACAGUUUGCAAUCGUGGCUUUUCCACAAAGGGUAAUUUGAAGCAGCAUAUGUUGACACAUCAAAUGCGAGAUCUACCAUCACAGCUUUUUGAGCCCAACUCCGCUAUCGGCCCUAAUCAGAACUCUUCGGUUAUGCCCGCGAAUUCGCUGUCGUCGCUCAUAAAGACUGAGGUGAACGGCUUUGUGCACGGCUCUCCUCAGGACAGCAAGGAAGCGCCCUCUGGUCUCGUCACCUCGGGCCCGCUGUCCUCCUCGGCCACGUCUCCCGUCCUGCUCCCCGCUCUCCCCAGGAGAACCCCCAAACAGCACUACUGCAACACGUGUGGGAAAACCUUCUCUUCCUCUAGUGCUCUGCAGAUCCACGAAAGGACACACACUGGUGAGAAACCUUUUGCCUGCACUAUAUGCGGAAGAGCGUUCACAACAAAAGGCAAUCUGAAGGUUCACAUGGGCACUCACAUGUGGAACAGUACUCCUGCGAGACGAGGCAGGCGACUCUCCGUGGAUGGCCCCAUGACGUUUCUAGGAGGCAAUCCCGUCAAGUUCCCAGAAAUGUUUCAGAAGGAUUUGGCUGCGCGGUCAGGGAAUGGAGACCCCUCCAGUUUCUGGAACCAGUAUGCAGCAGCACUCUCCAGUGGCUUGGCCAUGAAGACGAACGAGAUCUCGGUCAUCCAGAACGGCGGCAUUCCUCCGGCACCAGGGGGCCUGGGCAACGGGGGCAGCUCUCCCAUCAGCGGCUUGACGGGAAGCCUGGAGAAGCUCCAGAAUUCGGAACCCAAUGCACCUCUAGCUGGUCUGGAGAAAAUGGCAAGCAAUGAAAAUGGGACAAACUUCCGUUUUACGCGUUUCGUGGAAGACAACAAAGAAAUUGUAACAAAUUAGGAAAAAAACCACCUCCCUAAAUAACAUUCCUGCAAAUAGUGCAACCUAGGGUUGCUUUUUUCAAGCUGCAGGCUACAACAUUACAAAGACGUUCUUUUGUACCGUGUUCUACUUCUAGAGUUCUAAGAGAGCUUAUUUAUUAGUGAUAUAAUCCUGCUUUGCAAACAAAUGCAAGCAUUAACUUUGGUCUCCUGUAUUUUGAACUAAAUACUAAUCGACUAGAGUGCUGUAAACUUGCUGUAACAUUUAUGGCAGUUGCAAGUCUGUUCUGCUAGGUGAUCUUAUUCUGGCAUUAACUUAUUUUCUAUAUCCAGUUUAACAUGAACUCUGGUAUUGAUGCGAUGCCUCAGUGAUGCAUUAGGUCUCUAAUAAAAGUCUGUAUAUAAAUGUACACUUUGAUCCUGCUGGAAAUUUUAUCAGCAAACACAUUGUUUAAUUUUUCCAAACAGACUUAAGAAAAGGACUGAGAGAACAUAGACUGAACAGUGUGGGUCCUUUUACACAGCUCAGUUUUUGAUUUUUAUUAUAAAAUUAAAACUGCUUUAAUUUUUGUAGGUUUAACAUUUUCCGUUUUGAACUGUUAUUUGUAUUGUGCUUUUUACUUGAGUCGUCUUAAAUGUUAAUACAUUUCUGUACAGUAAUAAGCACGCAGAUUAUUAGAGAAGAUACUGAAGUGUUGUUUUGGUAGUUGAAACUGAGACGUAACAUUUUGCCUUGUAGGUAUAUUCAUUCUAGAAAAUGUGCUGGACUUUCACAAUGCUGCUACGUAUGGCAUCUUGAACAACUUCCGUGGACAACUGUAGAUGCUCCUGUAUAUACAAUAAGACAUCACUUUCAUUAAAAUGUACAUAUGUUCCGUACAAGACCAAGCCCUACUCCUUGACCAAGGGAACAAGUAUAGUGUUUGUUUAUUUUGUAUUAGGUACUGGGGGGGGGCAGGGGGAACCUGGGACUGUUACAUGCACUUUCUCGGAAAGUUGAAAGGAAAAGAGGUCCAGUUUCUUUAACAUUUAAUACUUACUAACAGCAGAGAUACUGUAAUUUUACUCGAGUAAUCAAAUACAUUUUUGCAACAGAUAAAA